UCACCCGGAAGUGAGGAGCGUCGGUGUGUUUACUGUUUACAUCUGCUGCAGCUCGACAACAUGAACCCUCCGAUGAUCAACUCCACAAACUCCGUAUCCACGACCAGAAGGAAACGAGAGGCCGAGCGCUCAGUUAACUGGACCGCGGAGGAAACUCAGGUGCUGCUGUGCGCCUGGAGUGACGAGCGCGUCCAGAAGAGUUUGGCAGAAAACCUUCGCAACCGCCACGUCUUCAAACACCUCUCGGGCCGGAUGAGUGAAAUGGGAUUCUCUCGGAGUCCGCACCAGUGCCGGCUGCGGGUGAAAACCCUGAAGGCCAACUACGUCAGAGCCAAACUGCAGAAAAGCGUAGACAGCUCGCAGCCGUGCACUUUUAAAUACUUUGCAGAGAUGGAGGCGGUGUUGGGGAGGAGGUCGGCCGGAGGGGAAGAAGGACCUCAUUUUGUGUCUCCAGAAGGGACGGCAGAGCGUCACCUCGACGCCAUGGACGGGACAAGAGGCAUCCUGCCUGAUUUACAUUCUAACACGGAGGUUGGGGGACAUCAUUUUUGCUCUUUGGGGAGAUCGGCGAGGCAGCCUUUGGUCUCUUUAGAGGAGAGGGCAGGAUGUCAGCUCGACUCAGAGGUCAAGAUGGAGGACAGGGAAGAGUCAACGGAUGAAUUUGAAUUCAGCGACUCGGGAUUCUCACAGCAUCCAAGAGACAGACGGCAUGAAGUUUAUCUGGAAACAGCCAUCCACCGUGAACUCAGCGGUACAACAGUGGAGAACAGCCUCAGCACUCCUUCCCCUCCUGCAGUUCCUCCCCUACCUGCUCCACCGCCUCCCCCUCUCACCCAAUCCGCCGCCUCCCCUCUGCUGCCUCCCCCAGACGUGAACCCCGGCAGCCUCCCCGCAUCUGGCCACCAUCACCCCGACUCCUCCUGCCUCGAACCCGUCCUCCAGCACCUGUCGGAGUGCUUCCGGCAGCUGGUGUCGGAGACCCGCGGCCUCCUGGUGCAGCUGGAGGGUCAGAGGCAGGAGCAGGCCCGGUGGCACCAGGAGCUCCUGGCCCAGUGGCUGCAGAGGGAGGAGCGCCGGCAGCGGGAGACGGCCGAGAGGGAGGAGAGGAGGGAGAAGGCUCGCAUGGAGCACGAGAUCAGAGUGCUGGAGCUCCUCACCAGUCUGGCCAGAGAGCAGGGAUGUAGAUGUGCAGGAAAGCAGGCGGCAUCGGAGGCAGCGAGCGGUCCGAAUCACGCCAAGAAGAAAGACGGAAACUAGCGCUUUGUUUUCCCCAAAGUGUGGAACAGUUUUAAUGCUCAGGUGGAAACAAGUAACAGCACUGAAAAUAAAAAGAGCUGCAGUCAGGGUUUGGUUUAGGCCUUAACUAGGAGAGGGUUUGGAGACAUUCUAACUGAACCAAAUACUGGAAAAUGAUCAGAAGGUGAUUUCUGACAGACAGCUGGUGGUCAGUCAUGCUCAGAACUGCAAAAAAAAAAAAAAAGGAAAUUUGUGCUUUUCUUUGUUCCUGUCAGCUCUGAGGGAAUUUCUCAGCUGUCAGUCCAUUGAACCAAAUGUAAUAGAAGCUUCAUGCACUUUUAUAUAAAUUAAAAAGUAGAUAUUUUGAACCAUU